UCUAUAUCCACGUCGGUUGCCUAAUUGGGUAGCUCAGACGGAUUCUUCUCUUUCUUUUGGGACAUCAUAUGUGAUUUGUCCCAUGUUCUCAAGAGCAUGCUAUUAGCUAAUGUUUUGGGAAUUUCAGUUAUAAGACUCUCAGGUGGUGGUGCAUCGCUGAGUUGUGUGAGAGUGAGAAAGAGAGAGUGUGUGUGUGUGCAGAAGAUGUGGCCAUUCAGCAGAAAAGGGGCUUCUGGUUUUUCAUCAUCAUCCACGGCAGAGCAAGUCACUGAAGGAAUUGAUGGAACUGGUCUCACUGCCAUUGUCACAGGAGCAUCCAGUGGUAUUGGCACUGAGACUACACGUGUCCUUUCAUUGCGUGGUGUCCAUGUGAUUAUGGGUGUGAGAAAUAUGCUUGCUGCUAAAGAUGUCAAAGAAACAUUACUUAAGGAGAUUCCCUCCGCUAAAGUUGAUGCCAUGGAGUUAGAUCUCAGUUCAUUGGAGUCUGUCAAGAAAUUUGCAUCAGAGUUUAAGUCCUCUGGUCUUCCAUUGAAUAUGUUGAUAAACAAUGCAGGAAUUAUGGCAUGUCCUUUCAAGCUCUCUAAAGACAAAAUUGAACUACAGUUUGCCACAAAUCACUUAGGUCAUUUUCUCUUGACCAAUCUUUUGUUGGACACUAUGAAGAAAACUUCACGUGAAACUAAGAAAGAAGGAAGAAUUGUUAAUGUCUCCUCUGAGGCUCACCGAUUUACAUAUUCUGAAGGAAUCCGUUUUGACAAAAUUAACGAUGAAUCAAGUUACAGCAACUGGCGUGCAUAUGGGCAGUCAAAGCUUGCCAACAUUUUACAUGCAAAUGAACUUACAAGACGUCUCAAGGAAGAUGGGGUAGAUAUUUCUGCAAAUUCUCUUCAUCCAGGAGUAAUUGCCACCAAUCUUUCCCGUCAUAUCAGUCCAGUGAACGGUCUAACUAAAGCUAUUGCAAGACUCGUGCUUAAAAAUGUCCAGCAGGGAGCAGCAACAACAUGCUAUGUAGCAUUGCACCCACAAGUGAAGGGAACUAGUGGCAAGUAUUUUUCAGCCAGUAAUGUGGCCAAAACAACCUCACAGGGGACUGAUGCUGAUUUGGCAAAAAACCUAUGGGAUUUCAGCAUGGAUUUGACCAAGUAAAAAACCCAAUUGUUAUUUGUCAGCAGAGAUAGCAUCAUGCACUCUUAUUAAAUGAAAAACAUCAGUUAUAUGACUUCCUCUGUAAUAUAUUUAUAGUGAGAUUCUGAUUCCUACAUUGCAUAUACAUGAAUUUCAGGCUUACAAUCUAUAUAUAUAGUCCUUUAAUAAAACUGGGAUAACAUGUAGUACAAUUUACAUUGAUC